AUGACACCUCACGUUCCAGACCAGCCUGUCAAGAAACAAAGCAAGUGGUCUCCCGAAGAGGAUGCCGUCAUCAUCGAACUCCGCGGGAGAGGCAUGAAGUGGGAGGAUGUUUCCAAGCGACUUCCAGGACGCAGUGCCAUCAGCUGUCGGCUUCACUACCAGAACUAUCUCGAGAGACGCAGUGAGUGGGAUGAGGAACGCAAGAAUAAGCUUGCUAGGCUCUAUGAGAGAUUCAAAUCUGAUAUGUGGGCUAAAGUGGCUGAAGAACUGGCUGUCCCCUGGCGAGCAGCUGAAGCGAUGCACUGGCAGCUUGGAGAGGCGGACAUGGCUCGACGAGCUGGAGUAGUUCCUUUCUCUCUCGCUGCCGUCAAUAACGAGGCGGCGAGCAACAGGGCCAUGGCCAGUCGAAACCAGACGCCGAUUCAGCCACACGAUAGUAGCAGUCUUCGUGAAAUAAAACCGCCCUCUCCUCACUCGAACUACAGCCGUGGCCAACUCAUGCCCCCCAUGACGCCUGCACGAACAUCUCGACGAGGACCUAUCAACUCGCAACCACCUCCCCCACAGCACGCGCGACCAAUGUUACCUCCCCAACACCUGCAUCAAACACCCCAUUCCUCCCCCCACGCAGUAGUGCCAGGACCAUCAGCGCCGCAGCAGCAGCAGCAGCCGCCACCGCCGCCGCCGCCGCCGGCAACUGCCGCUGCUUUGCCGCACCCUCAUCCUGAUUACCGCCACAGCCCGGGUCCCGGCCUUGCCCCGAUUCAACCUCACCCUCCCUCUCACAACACAGGCCCUCUACCAAGCGUUGCACAGCUAACCACGGGGAUGAGUCCGUAUGGUCCACCAAGCGGACCACCAACACCAACGUCUCUGCCUGCGAUCAAUAACCCUUCUAUGCCUCGUUACUUGCCUCUAGAACAGACUGGAACGAAACGGCGAGCGAGCCCUGAUAUGACAAGGCCGGAUGGUGCUCAUAGGCGAAGACUGGCAUAA